ACCCCCGAACAGUUGGAAGAUAUGGAGAACAUUGGAGAUGGCCUCAUAUUUGAAUGCAAGGACUGUGGCAAUGUCUACAGCAGUCGAGCCAACCUUAGAAAGCACGAGCUCGUAGCUCAUGCACUUGAGGGUGAGUUCUUUCCACUUUUAUUUCCCAUACCUCAAAGAUUUGAGUUCUGCUCGUCAGUACGUCAACUAGACUUCGAGAACUUGGAGCUCGCAGACAAGAGUUGCUGUAAGGUCACGUAA